GAGAGAGAGAGAGAGAGAGAGAGAGCUUAGCACAGAGGAAGUUACCUUUAAGCUUUCACAGGUUUAAAUACGCAGCUGGAACACUGGUCUCUGUAACACGCAGCAGGAAACGCCCACUUCAGAAUAUGCAAAGCGAAAGUAUCUUGCUGUUUGUGAUCAGCGCAGCGUAGCUUUUCAGCUUUCGUUUUAAACAUGCCCACCAAACCUUUGAUUUGAGGUGAUAUACCAUAUUGGACAUGGAUCCUGGAAGUAUUGGAUCUUAUUGCGGGGUGAAAAAAUACAUAAUUGAAUUGCAUUAAUAGACGUUUGAAUUGGAGGAGACAAGAACACAGGCGAAAGCGAAAGUAAUAAAUUCCACUGCAGGUGGUGUCCAGUCAAAAGGACAAGGUUGCUAUGUUACCACCAGAAAUGAAGAACCAUUUCCUGAAAAGUAGUGGGACGAUUUUAAUCCUGUUUCUUAAAGUGUGCCUGACAUUAGCAGAAAAGCCAGUAGUUGUUGCAUCGAAACACCCAGUCAUCGUCUUUCCUGGUGAAAGUGUAACUUUACCCUGCCAUUUGUUUCCACAAGCAAGCGCUGUGGAUCUGGAAGUACGGUGGUACCGACACAGAUACAAUAAAAUAGUACAUUUAUAUAUGUUUGGAAGGGAUGUCAUGAAUACACAACUUAAAGACUACCAGGGCCGAACAGGGCUCUUUAAAGAGGAGCUGGCCAUUGGCAAUCUCUCUUUACAAAUAAAAAACACUGUGCUUUCUGAUAAUGGAGUGUACACCUGCUUUGCUGGAGAUGAACAGUGGGACGAACAAGCUGAAAUCGAACUUAUUGUUGCAGUUCUGAGGACCCAGCCCUCAAUCUCUAUGGACUCUACACAAGGAGAGCAGACCCGGCUGGUGUGCAGAUCAGAGGGCUGGUACCCUGAACCCGAAGUGAUCUGGAGAGACAGGGAUGGAAACGAUGCAACGUCACUGUCCAACACAACAGUGCAGAGGGACGGUCAGGGGCUCCACAGUGUCAGCAGCUACAUUAAAAUCAAACAGCAGUCCAACGUGUUCUCCUGUCUGGUUAGAAGUAAAAUACCACAACCAGACUGGGAAUCCAAACUCCACAUAUCCAGUGAUUUUUUCCCAGGAGUCUCUGGAUGGAUGGUGGCUUUCUUCUUGACUUUAGCUCUCAGUAUUGUAGCCAUUCCUCUGCUGGUGAUCCAAUGGAGGAGAAUGAAUGAGAUGGAGAAGAAGUAUGAACCUAAGGCUGUUCUGCAUCUCCAUAAGGAACUUGGUAAGAAUUGUCUUCAUUAUUUAAUUUAUUUAGUUGAUUGUGUAUUUUUAUGGUAGGAGGCUGUGUGGUCCAGUGUUUAAAGAAAAGGGCUUGUAACCAGGAGGUCCCCGGUUCAAAUCCCACCUCAGCCACUGACUCAUUGUGUGACCCUGAGCAAGUCACUUAACCUCCUUGUGCUCCGUCUUUCGGGUGAGACGUAAUUGUAAGUGACUCUGCAGCUGAUGCAUAGUUCACACACCCUAGUUUCUGUAAGUCGCCUU